AUGCGGUCGCUAAGUCUACUACCGGCAUCGUUGCUGGCCCUCGUAGUUACCGUCGCCGCCCAGGACACCAAGACGCUGGACUCUGGCCUCAUUGUCGAAACCACAACCGCAGUGACAUGUUCCCGCCCCAGCAAAAGCGGCGAUAGGAUAAGUGUCAACUAUCGCGGUACACUACGAGAUACUGGCGUUCUCUUCGACGAGUCUUACAAGCGUGGCCAACCAUUCACUUUCAACCUAGGCGCUGGACAAGUCAUAACAGGAUGGGACGAAGGAUUGCAGGAUAUGUGUCCUGGAGAGGGGAGGAAGUUGACGAUACCACCGGAGUUGGCGUAUGGUAGUCGUGGGGCUGGCGGGGUGAUUGGACCUGGUGCCUGGCUGGUUUUUGAAACCGAGUUGAUGGAUAUUGUUGGUGUGAAGCAAGAGAGUCUGAAGUUUGCGAGCACUACGGCGACAGCCACGGCUAUGGCUACGGAGACGGACGGGGCAUUCAGUAUAGCUACGGCUCCUGCUACUGCACCACAGGAAGAGGACAAGCCGGAACUGGAGGCUACCCCUCUGGAGCCCGAAGUCACAGAUCCGAUAUCUGCACAAGAGGGCGAGCAAGCAGAGUGCCAUCUUCUCGGCCCAUUCGCCUUACUCGUACAAGCUGCGCUAGGUGGCAUGGCCAUCUUGUCACUGGUCUGGAAACGCUAUCGCGAGACGCCUAAGCGACCCUGGAAGAUCUGGUUUUUCGAUGUCUCGAAGCAGGUCACGGGUAGCAUGCUCACGCACACUCUCAACCUCGCCAUGUCCAUGCUUUCGAGUGUAGACAUGGUCAAUGCGGCGAAGAAGGCAGGUGCAGAGGGUGCGAAGAACGAUCCCGAGGGCAGGAUGCCGAAUCCUUGUUCGUUCUACCUCCUGAAUUUGGCUAUUGAUACCACAAUCGGUAUCCCGGUUCUCUAUGUCCUUCUUCAAGUACUCCAUGCGGGCUUCCUCCGCACGCCACUAGCCACACCACCAGAGAGCAUAAAAAGCGGCAACUACGGCCAGCCACCUAGAGCCCGCUGGUGGGCGAAGCAACUCCUCAUCUACUUCCUCGGUCUUACGGGCAUGAAACUAUUCGUCUUCUUCCUCUUCGCCGCCAUGCCCUGGCUUCCCUGGGUAGGCGACUGGGCCCUCCGCUGGACAAAAGGAAACGAGGCGCUCGAGGUUACAUUCGCCAUGUUCAUCUUCCCGUUGGGAAUGAAUGCGAUACAGUAUUGGAUCAUCGAUAACUUCAUCAUGGAUAAGAAGAAGGAGAGUAAGGGUGGGUAUGAAGCUGUGGGCGAAGACGAUGACGAUGAGGAGGGGCGGAGGGAAGCUGAUGAGCAUGGGAGUGUUACGGAAGUGGGUGAUGAUGUUGAUGCGCUUGGGAAGCAGCAGGUGGAGGAUGCGCCGUUGACGGAGGUCAAUCCUACGCCUAUUAAUACUGAGAGAGGGGAGGGUAGUGGGAAGGGUACGCCUGUUUCUGAGACGGAAAGUGGUGUACGAGAGCGAAGAUGA